UGCCCGCUGCGCCGCUUGGAGCUCAGAGCGCAGGUUGCCCGGAUACCGCCGCUGCUGUUCCCGCUCUCCCUCCGCCGCGGGAGCCGUUACUCGGAGACAAACUUGGUUCCUGCCACCGGACACCGAGCAGCCGACAGACACAAACUGUCGGUGGAGGCGCGGUGACCGGCUGAGCCUCCCUGCUCCCAUCGGUUCACCUCGCGGUGGUCAGCGGACACUCGCUGGAGUGGGACCUGAGAGGCUGAGGACUGGGAGGCGUUGGACUGCAUGAGGAGGCCGAGCGACGGGACGCUGGCCCUCACCUAGACCCCGCCCCCAUCGACCCCUAACCCCCCCACACCGCCCUGACAUGAGGUCGUUCCGGUCGUUUGCGAACGACGACCGCCAUGUCAUGGCCAAACACGCCAGCGUCUACCCGGCGCCGGAGGAGCUGGAGGCCGUCCAGGCGCUGGUGUCCACCGCAGAGGGAGCUCUGAAGAAGGUUUCUGACUGGAUGGACGGCCUGAAGGACUCCGCAGGGAAGACGUCCAGCUGUGAUGACGAAGAGGAGGAAGAUGCUGCAGAGACGGACCCAGCUGGAGCGCCGGUUCUGUGCGGGGUGAACCGGGUCGGCCUGCUGGCCAAAGGUCUGCUGAUCAGAGGCGACAUGGAGCUGGAGCUGGUGCUGAUGUGCCGACCCAAACCCACCAAGCUGCUGCUGUACACCGUCAGCGCCAACCUGCCCCUGCAGAUCCAGACUAUGACAGACGACAGGUACGAAGUCCGGUCGUGUGUCUCUGAGGCAGCGAUCCGGGUCUGCAGCACCAAAGAUCCCAGACUGACCCUGAAGAUCACCCUGACCUCGCUCGCCAUGAGGGAGGAAGAGGAAGAUGAUGAAGAGGAAGUCGAUCAAGAAGAAGGCGAGCCGAGGCGUGAGGAAGAGGAGGAGGAGGAGGAAGAUGUCCUGGACAGAUUGAAGUGCCAGGCGGCGCUGGCGGCGCUCCGACACGCCAAGUGGUUCCAGGCCCGGGUCGCCGACCUCAAGUCCUGCCUGGUGGUUCUGCGGGUUCUGAGGGACGUGUGCAACCGGCAGCCGGAGUGGCAGCCUCUUCAAGGAUGGCCGCUGGAGCUGAUCUGCGAGAAGGCCGUCGCCACUAGCAACCGUCCGCUGGGUCCAGGAGAAGCUCUGCGCCGGGUCAUGGAGUGCGUCGCCUCAGGGAUCCUGCUACCAGGAGGCCCAGGAGUUCAUGACCCCUGUGAGCGGGAACCCAGAGACGUUCUGGCGCAGCUCAGCGCUCAGGAAGCCGACGCCCUGACACGCAGCGCCCAGCAUGCGCUGCGCCUCAUUGCGUUCGGUCAGCUGUACAAGGUUCUGAACAUGGAUGCUCUGCCAGCCACCAAGGCUUCUCCACGGCUGCUGGAAGGCGGCUGCCUGAAGAGGCUGCGGGACGACUCAGGCUGGGAAGACAGAGACUUCACCAAACGGAUGAAAGUGCUGGACUGGAGGAUGACCGACCCGAACCAUCCCAUGAACGCCCUGAUGCGUCUGAAUCAGAUCCAUCCGGGCCUUCAGUACCGCCUGCUGUGUCAGUCGGGUCCGGUCCACGCGCCGGUCUUCACCAUGUCUGUAGAGAUCCAGGGAACCACAUACCAGGCCAGCGGGAACUCCAAGAGGACGGCCAAGCUGCAGGUGGCCCUGAAGGCCCUGCAGGCUCUGGGCUUCGUGCUCGCCUCAGACGGAGACCUGGACUCUCUGAGCGCCGACGAGAAGUCUGACGGAGAAGGAAAGAACGACAGGAUGUCGACCAGCUCCAGCUCCACAUCCGUCGCCUCGUCCACGGAGACCCAGGAGUCCAGAGCUCCGGGUCCGAUCCUGACGGCGGGCGGGAAAAACCCGGUGAUGGAGCUGAACGAGAAGCGGCGCGGCCUGAAGUACGAGCUGAUCUCCGAGAGCGGCAGCAGCUACGACAAACGCUUCAUCAUAGAGGUGGAGGUGGAUAAGCAGGUGUUCCGGGGAACUGGUCCCAAUAAGAAGGUAGCCAAAGCCAGUGCGGCGCUCGCCGCUCUCAACAGCUUGUUCUCUGGAUCCAAACUGACCAACGUGAAGAAGAAACGCCUCAAUAACCCGGCACCGAAGCGACCCCUGACCUCCGUGCUGACCAUCCCGACGCUCGCCGCCAGAGCUCCACGGGUCCCCGUCCUGCCCAGAGCGCCGUACAUCAGCACGCCUCCCACACACGGCUACAUCCCCCCUGGUUUCGGUGCUCCGUACGGCUACAGCCCUGCUGCCCCCCUCCCUGCCUACAGUCUUCCCUCCAGAUUGCCCUCAGUAGUUGUUCCCAUCAUCAGAGUCCCCCCCGUUUACCCCGUCACCCACCUGUACCCUUAUUAGCCCCGCCCACCUGUACCCCUGCUAGCCCCGCCCACCUGUACCCCUGCUAGCCCCGCCCACCUGUACCCCUGCUAGCCCCGCCCACCUGUACCCCUGCUAGCCCCGCCCCCUCCACCGUUAAAGGAAUAUUCCCACUAAAGCUGAGGAUCAGAGCCUGACUUCACACUUUUCAGCUAUAAAGUGUUGAGUUUAAUUCUGCAGCUUUAAAGACAGAAGAAGAAGAAUUAUGUUCAAUAAUCCAAAAGAUUUGAACCCAGAAACAUCUUCUUGUUUUCACACCUUCAAAUCUGCAUAAAGUGACUCAACAUUCCUCAUGCAGAGGAGAAUCACUCACAACCACUGAUCAAUAAACACCAACGUUUGACAUCUGAAUAUGUUCAGGGUGAUUAUGUCUGAUCAUACCAGGCUGAAGGAAAUAAACGGAUCUGAUGCAGGUUAGAUUUAUAAUCAGCAGCAGUUGGAAAAGAGUUUUUCUGCUGCAGGUUAGAUAAGUUAACAUCCUGCUGAAUGGAGCUGAAGUUGCAGCCUGAAUGAAUCUGUUGGCUUCAGGGAGAGCAGCUCCUUCAGCAGCGCGUUUCUGUUUUAGUUUGUGGGUUUUUGUCAUUUUUGGUUUUAUAUUUUGUGUUUGAGAUGUUUGUUGUGUUGAGGAUAAAAACUGCAGUUAAUUUGAGCCGGAACCCUCUGCAGUGACGAAGCAGUGACGAAGCGGUGAAACCCAGAAUGUGUCGGAUAUUCCUUUAACUUUCCCUCCCGCGUUUCAUUCGCUUGUUUUGAGUUUUUGGGUGUUAAAGUUUACAGCGAUCAGUUGCACUGAAAACAUUUUCCUUUCACUUCACAUCAACUGUUUACAUUUGCUAUUGUCUUAUUUUGACCUGGCUGUUAAUAAUAAUCUUUUUAAAUAAAAAUAUUUUUUGUCAAAUGUUGAUUUUUUAAGUUAUUUUUACAAUAAGUUUUUCAGCACAAAAAUCUGUACAAACUGCAGUUCUGAUACUUUAACUCUGGUCACAUGACAGCAGUGUUUCAGGA